AUGAGUAGUGAUACACACCGUGUCUUACUGACAGGAGCCAACGGCUUCAUUGGAAAUCACAUUCUUGCUGAACUUCUUUCUGCGGGCUUCUCUGUUCGAGCAGUUGUCAGAUCGCAGGCUAAAGCAGACACAAUCCUCCAAACUCACUCAAACGCAGGCCGAAAGCUCGACUUUUGUCUUGUUGCUGACAUCACGGCCCACAAUGCGUUCUCCCGCGCAUUUGAGUCUAAGGAACCAUUCGACACUGUCAUACACACUGCAUCGCCAUUUUUGUACCGGGAUGUAACCAGUAACGAAGAUCUACUUGACCCCGCCGUUAGGGGAACAAUGUCCAUUCUCUAUGGCGCUAGAGACCACAACACAGUGAAGAGAGUCAUCAUCCUAAGUAGUAUUGCGGCUGUAAUGGACUAUUCGGAGGCUGCGCCCAAGGACGGUAGAAUGUGGACGGCAAAAGACUGGAAUCCAGUGACGAGAGAUGAAGCAAUUCGAGCAGCAAAUUACUCAACGGUGUAUCGAGCCAGCAAAACGUUCUCUGAGAAGUGCGCGUGGGAAUUCAUGGAAGAACAAAAGCCGCAUUUUGAUCUGGUUUCUUUGAAUCCACCUAUGGUAUAUGGCCCCCUCUUACACUCGAUACGGGACAUUUCCCAGUUGAAUGAGUCAAAUUUGCGGAUUUGGAACUUGUUUCUCGAUUCUUCAAAAGAUUUGGAAAUGCCACCAAAUGGGGUGUACUGGUAUGUUGAUGUGAGAACUCAGGACCUGGCCCUAGCUCAUAUACGUGCUGUGACGAAGCCCGAGAUUGGGAACAGAAGAAUCAUCAUAGCAGCUGGGAGCGUGACCUCUCAAGAGAUCGCGGAUAUACUCCGCUCUGCAAUCACAACGCUGGCUGAAAGCACUCCCAUUGGUAAACCGGGAGAAGACACUUUCCCUACAAAUGGGUAUUCGGUGGACACUGACACAGCGAGAAACGUCUUGGGAUUAGCAUUUCGAAACAAGGAGGAAACCUUUCUCCAACUGGCGAGGCAAUUGUUAGAAAUAGCUAAAAGGACUUAG